GAGAUUGCCAGUCUGUCUAGGUGGUACAGAGGAUUUGGUUUGUUGGGCUUGGGAGCUUUGACGCAUUUGCAGCAGUCUGGUCCGCCAUCUAGAGAGGCCCAGUGUUACCUUCUUUUGCUGCUUGGGUCCACACUGUUCGUAGAUAAGAGUAAGGAACGCGUUUCUGCUAUUGUCAACUUGUUUGUGAAGAGGCCGGAUAUGCUAGGAGAGUACGCGUGGGGGGCAGGAACACUUGCUUAUCUGUACAGGCAGUUUGGUAUUGCCUCCCGGGCGGAGGCUAAGGGAGUGUCGGGUUGUCUGACUUUACUACAGUGUUGGAUUUACGACCACUUUCCUACCUUGAGGCCCAGUCGGUUGGAGCCACGAAGAAGCGGUAUCUCACCCCAGUCGAAGAAGAAGAAGAGGGAUGCCCAGAUGCUGGCUUAUUAUCGGCAGGCGAUUGAUAGUUUGACCCCUCAGUCAGUUUGUUGGACUCCGUAUGGUCAGAGUCCUCAUUUGACGGUGAGACGUACCUUGUAUCAGGGCCUGCUCAGAUUUGCAGAGAUAGUAAAGCCAUAUUUUCCCACUAGGUGCCUCCGGCAGUUAGGCUACGUGCAGAGUGUACCGUAUCCCCCGGAGCGUCCGCUUGUUGUGCGUCGACCGGCUUCCACGCUUGGAUACUCUCUUAGCUACCAGUCCGUUUAUGAUUCGUGGUGGAACAACUUGGGGGCGCAUAGUGUGCAUCUGGACCUUUAUUCUACUCCGAUAUGA